ACCCCGGCAGGAAGUGACGGUGGUGCGCGCGGUCUCUUGGUCGUCACGUCCGCUGCUGAAGCCCCUUUCUUGCCGUUGUCGGCCAUUAGCGUGGAGAUCUCUACAAUAACUGAAUACAAGGCCACCUACUGAACUGUCCAACAUGCAGAACGAUGCAGGAGAAUUUGUUGAUCUUUACGUUCCACGCAAAUGCUCUGCUAGCAACAGAAUCAUUGGUGCCAAGGACCAUGCCUCCAUUCAAAUCAACCUUGCUGAUGUUGAUAAAGUGACUGGGAGAUUCAAUGGACAGCACAAAACCUAUGCCAUCUGUGGAGCUAUCCGUAGGAUGGGUGAAUCAGAUGAUUGUAUCCUGAGGCUAGCAAAGAAUGAUGGGAUUGUGGCCAAGGCUGUCUAACAAACAGAAGAUGUGUUUUGGAAAUGCUGAUGUUUGUAGAGAAAUAAAAAUUUGAGCAAAA